CCAUUUUCAGCUCUAGAUGGGGAGAACCUGUACCCGUCCACGGCCCUACUCGCGAAGGGUUGAGCCCGAACAGAACGGAGCUUGUUUCAUUAGCAAGUAAAUUCCCAAAGUUAUUCUCCGACGCAACGCGAUCUACUAAUUAAUCUGCUGUUGGUAACUAAUCCACUCCCCUCAAAAUCGACUUCAUUUUUCUUCAAUUUAUCAAAAGCAAACCUGGCUUCAGCUAUCUGGAAACGCCUAUUCCCACCGCAAACCCGAAGACCCGCCCCAGUCAUCCCCGAUAUCAGGAUAAACCGCCGCUUUAAUCCCGGAAUGGAUGUUAACGUAUUCAAAUUAUGCUCUGGUCUCAAGGUUCUCGGCUACUUGAUGAUCCUUCUCGUCGCCGGCAUUAUCACCGUCUCCUACUACGCCGUCGUGGUUAUUACCUGGGGCCCGCAGUUGCUUCGCGGUGGUGUACACUCUCUUUCGGCUAUCUUGAUGGUUAUAGUGUUUCAUAUUCUGCUCGGACUUUUAUUGUGGAGCUAUUUUAGAGUAGUAUUGAAGGACCCUGGUUCAGUCCCUGAGAAUUGGAGGCCAGAGCGGUUGGAGGAGAAUUUGGAGGGAGGUAGCUGUAUCAAUGAGUCGGAUUUUAGAGCACCUGAGAAUUUGGGUUCUACAUGGUCUGCGCCUGCUGGGUUGGAUAGGGGACCACAUGUGGGCUAUUGCAAUCACUGCCAGAACGGCAAACCGCCGCGUUGCCAUCAUUGCUCUGUUUGCCAAAGAUGUGUUCUGAAGAUGGAUCACCAUUGUGUUUGGGUGGUCAAUUGCGUUGGAGCCCGUAACUACAAGUUUUUUCUUCUUUUCUUGCUAUACACAUUUUUGGAGACAACAAUGAAUACUCUAGUAUUAUUGCCUGGUUUUAUCAAGUUCUUUGAUGAAGCCAAAAAUCAUUCCAGCUCCCCUGGCAAUCUAGCAGUAACUUUUUUGGCCUUUGUUCUUAAUUUGGCUUUUGCUCUCAGUCUUCUUUGUUUCAUAUUUAUGCAUGCAUCUCUUCUGUCAAGCAACACCACAUCUGUAGAGGUUUAUGAGAAGAAAGGAGCAGCUAGGUGGAAGUAUGACUUAGGCAGGAAGCAGAAUUUUGAACAGGUUUUUGGCAGAAAGAAGGCAUUAUGGUUUGUUCCACUGUUCUCUAAGGAUGAUUUAGACAGCAUACCUGCUCUUCAUGGCCUAGAUUUCCCAACACGCUCUGAUGUUGAAGCAUAAGGCUUGAUUCAGAUAUUUCAAAGCAUUGAUUGUGAAAGAAAGCGUUAGAAAUUUUGAUGUAGACAGCUUUGUAAAUUGGAUAUAUAUGAUUUCUGUGGGGGCAUCACAACAGGAGACAAAUAGUGGUUGUAAUUUUCAAAAGAAAGCUUGCAUCGAUGUGACAUUGCAAAAUUUACGUGUAUGCACUUUUCCUUUUGGAUGAAUGUAAGAUUAUUAAGAUCUGAUGGCUA